AUGUCUUUUGUUGAUAUUGAUGAACUAGAAACAUUGCAGCAGACAAUUCCAGCUGAAAUCGAAAAUUUGGUUAAUACAUUAGCAAUUGAUUUUAGAGAAGCAGCAGAAACUACAAUGAAUCUUAUGUCCCUAUAUGCAUCACAUUUAAUCAAUAUUACUUCAAAAUCAGAUAGCACAGUUGAUAUGACAAAAGAUUUUAUUUUAAAAUGUGAAAAUUUAGAAGAGAACCUACAAAAUGUUGAAAAGCUUGCCAAACAAAUAAAUUUCAUGAGAAGAUAUUGCGAAGAACUUGAAAAGAAAAUAAACAAGACUUUUUAA